AUGUUCAAUGCUGAGAAGCAUUUUUUGUCGAAGCAAAAGAAGUCAUCAAGUUCAGAGGCAAAUCCGCGCACUCUUCAAAUAUGGCUUGGUAACACCCCGCAUACACAAAAAAGCAAGGUUCCUCAAACAAAGGAGCCAGAGUUCCCGUAUAAGCACAUAACGGAAAAAUCGGCACAAGAGCUGCAGAUGCUUUUCCUCAAGUAUAUACAGCAGAUGAAGUUAGAAAAUAGAAAUACUGCCAUGGUGGGCGCACUCUACAAAAUGGAGCUGAUUGGUGCUCCAAUUUCUGCAAUAAAGCACCGAGAGGACAUCACUGAAAAAGAAUCGUUAAGGAAGGGGGUGGUGGUAAACGAAACAAAAAACACGCUUGCCAUUGCGUAUGCAGAAGCAGUGAAGAUAUUUCCAAAGGCAAUGUACAAUUUCAUUAUUUAUGUAGAUGGAGCAAAGUACUUUAUAAUUGGGGCAGGGCUUAAAAGCGAAAGAAGGUAUGCCAAGUAG